AUGCCAGACCUGACCUCGCAUGGGGAUGUACAUAUUCCCUUUGAUCCUGCCCAGGGACAUGCGGAUCCGAGUCGGCUCUUGGGCUUGACAUUACAUCCGCCGGACUUCUCACUGCCCGAUUUCUCUGUCGCUAUCGCGUUAAGGAUCGAGAACUUGGAUGUCAUGGAUGCGCUCGCUACACGAAUACUGGGGGUAUUGGCUAAGGGGCCGUAUCAGGAGACGCUCAACAUCGUGACUCGACUCGACACGUUAGACUCGCAAGCAUAUCGCGUUCUCGUGUCUGCUUUUACGUCAUUGAAGAAGCUAUACUCCGAGGAAGCUUUCUUCAAUGCUGAUCUUCUUGGAUUGAUUGAUCCUGAGCAGCGGGGUGUCGUGAGAAAAACCAAUCUGGCGACUUUCGUUAGUAGUGUGUUCGGCAGUACGGAGGUUGGGUUCUUUCAUUUGAAUGAGCAUUUCUUGGAUGUGUUUGUUCCGGACGGUGGGAGGUUGUUGAAGCCUCAGGGACAGCUAUUCCUGGAUUUGAAGACUCAGGCGUAUAUUAGUGCGAUGACGCAAGCCGAGCGACCUCAGCACGAGAUCAUUGAGGAAUUGUUCCCUAGUAUUCUCCCUCAGCUCUUGGUUGCCCGACAUCCCCAUUCGUCCAAGAAUUUGUCGCAAUCGGAGACCGACUUCAUCAAUAAGGCGCAGCAACGCCGCGAAGUUCUUGAGCAGACUACAUCACCGGAAGGCCUUGCUGUCCUCGGUGAGAAAUAUGUAUGGCAGGGCUUUUUGAAGGAUGUCGCCGAAUAUGUUGCCAAGAAUCACGAAUCUAUUGUUGGUGUGGGCGGUCGUAAGAGGCGAGCAGGGAUGAACGGGACGGCGAAAGAGCCGCAGAUGCCGAAGCCGAGUCGAAGGGUUCAGGUUAUUCCAGGAUACCCAGCCCAACAUCAUUGGCAAGGUGCGGACGGUACUCCUGUCGCGCUCCACAAGAUCGACCCCACUCUUAGUACGCAGCAGCAGUAUGAACGUGCUCGCGCUGCUGCACGGCCGAACCCGACUAGACGUGGUAAGCCGACGCAGCGAAGACAUUGGUCGAAAGAGGAGGAAGAUGCGUUGUUUGCUGGUUUGGAUGCGUUGAAGGGACCGCACUGGAGUCAGAUUUUGGCGUUGUAUGGGCCUGGUGGGUCGAUCUCCGAGGCGUUGAAGGACAGAACGCAGGUUCAGUUGAAGGAUAAGGCGCGUAACCUGAAGCUCUGGUUCCUCAAGAACAACUUCGAAGUCCCACAUUACUUGAAGUGCGUCACUGGUGAUCUGAAACGA